AUGGGCAGCCGGCGGGGCCCGGGCCAGCCGCGGGCCAGCCUCUGCCUGCUCCUGGGCGUGCUGCAGCUCCUGAGCGGCACGCAAGCCGCUGACCCUGUGGAUGUGCUGAAGGCCGUGGGUGUGAAAGGGGGUCAGGCUGGGGCUCCCCAGGUGCCUGGCUUCUGCCCCCAGAGGACUCCCGAGGGUGACCAGGCAUUCAGAUUGGACAAGACCAGCAUGCUCAGCGUCCCCACGAGGCAGCUUUUCCCAGAUGGGCCUUUCCCUGAGCAAUUCUCUGUGCUGAUGACCUUGAGGGCCCAACCAGCCAACCAGUCGGUUCUUCUGUCUGUGUACGAUGAGAAGGGGGCCCGGCAGCUAGGCCUGGCGCUGGGGCCGGCUCUUAGCCUCCUGGGAGGCUCCUUGGAGGCCUUCCCUCAGCAGGUGCAGCUCACGGACGGCAGGUGGCACCGCGUGGCGGUCAGCGUCGACAGUGGGACGGUGACCUUGGUGGUCGACUGUGACCCUCAGGCCCCUGUGUUGCACCGGGGUCCCCGAGGUAUCAGCACAGCUGGACUCACUGUGCUGGGGACCCAGGACGUCGGGGAGGACGCUUUCGAGGGAGAGAUCCAGGAGCUUCUGCUGAGCCCAGAUCCCCAAGCUGCCUUCCAGGCCUGUGAGCUCUACCUUCCCAGCUGCGACAAGCCGGAUCCCACAGCCACGGGGGCACCCCAGGGUGAGCCGGGAACGUCUGCUCCUCCCCGACGCAAAGGAAAGGGGAAAGGAAGGAAGAAAGGGAAGGGACGCAAGGGGAAGGGCAGGAAGAAGAAGAACCAGGAGGCGGGGACCUCCAGUCCAGCUCCUGGCGUCCUGGAGAACCAGGCGUCUACUGCAGUCCUCGGGACAGCAGCCCUGAAACUGCUUCCCACCUCAGCACCGUCGGUCCCUGUCACCACCACCAUCACCACCGUGACUACCAGCCAAAACGUCACCAUCGUAGAGAGCUUGGAGCCUGACAGUGGACAUGAGCUGGGGACCCCAGGGACCGAGGCAGCCCAAGAUGAAGAUGGCGAUGAGGAAAGCAGUGACCCCGUCAUGGGCCCUGACUUUGGGGCAGCAGAACAGCCGACUCUGACAGAGUUUCAGAUCUUUCCCGGCGCUGGAGAGAAAGGAGCUAAAGGGGAACCUGCCGUGAUUGAGCAGGGACAGCAGUUUGAGGGGCCUCCCGGAGCUCCAGGACCACGCGGGGUGGUUGGCCCCACAGGCCCCCCUGGGCCCCCUGGGUUUCCUGGGGACCCUGGCUUGCCGGGCCCUGCUGGUCUCCCGGGCAUUCCUGGCACGGAUGGCAUCCGGGGCCCACCAGGCACUGUCAUCAUGAUGCCGUUCCAGUUCGCAAGCAGCUCCCUCAAGGGACCCCAAGUCUCCUUCCAGCAGGCACAGGCCCAGGCAGUGCUGCAGCAGGCUCAGCUGUCCAUGAAAGGGCCCCCUGGCCCAGUGGGGCUCACCGGGCGCCCAGGCCCUGUGGGUCUCCCUGGAUAUCCGGGCUUGAAAGGAGAGAUGGGAGAGAUGGGGCCACAGGGUCCCCGGGGGCUGCAGGGACCUCCCGGGCCGCCUGGAAGGGAAGGCAAGAUGGGCCGUUCUGGAGCAGAUGGAGCACGAGGCCUCCCUGGGGACACGGGUCCCAAGGGUGAUCGGGGCUUUGAUGGCCUCCCGGGGCUGCCUGGUGAGAAGGGCCAGAGGGGUGACUUUGGCCACGUGGGGCAGCCUGGCCCCCCUGGAGAGGACGGUGAGAAGGGUGCGGAAGGCCCUCCAGGCCCCACCGGCCAGGCUGGCGAGCCGGGUCCCCGAGGACUGAUCGGGCCCCGAGGCUCCCCUGGCCCCCUGGGACGCCCGGGGGCCACGGGAAGUGACGGAGCUCCCGGGGCCAAAGGCAACGUGGGUCCUCCAGGAGAACCUGGCCCUCCAGGACAACAGGGAAACCACGGGUCCCAGGGCAUCCCAGGCCCUCAGGGCCUCAUCGGCAUUCCUGGGGAGAAGGGUCUUCCUGGAAACCCGGGAGUCCCAGGUGCCCCGGGAGCUGACGGCCCUCCGGGUCACCCGGGCCAGGAGGGUCCCACAGGAGAGAAGGGGGCCCAGGGUCCAGCAGGGUCAGCAGGCCCCCCAGGCUACCCCGGCCCUCGGGGCGUGAAGGGCACUUCUGGCCAUCGGGGUGUCCAGGGAGAGAAAGGCGAUCAGGGAGAAGAUGGCUUCUCAGGCUUCAAGGGCGACAGUGGCCUCAAGGGUGAUCGGGGGCAGCCCGGACCCCCAGGUCCUCGGGGAGAGGACGGUCCCGAGGGCCCAAAGGGGCCGGAGGGGCUGGCUGGUGAGGAGGGGCCCCCCGGUGCAGCUGGAGAGAAGGGCAAGCUGGGGGUGCCAGGUCUCCCAGGUUACCCCGGGCGUCCAGGCCCUAAGGGAUCCGUUGGAUUUCCUGGGCUCCUGGGCCCACUGGGAGAGAAAGGCAAGCGGGGGAAGGCAGGGCAGCCGGGGGAGGAAGGAGAGCGAGGACCACCGGGUUCCCGUGGGGAAAGGGGGCAACCAGGAACGACAGGACAGCCAGGUCCCAAGGGUGACACCGGCCAGGACGGAGCCCCUGGUGUCCCUGGAGAGAAGGGUCUCCCUGGUUUGCAAGGUCCCCCGGGAUUCCCUGGGCCGAAGGGUCCUCCGGGCCCUCAGGGGAAAGACGGGCGGCCAGGGCACCCUGGACAGCGAGGAGAGCUGGGUUUCCAAGGGCAGACGGGCCCGCCUGGACCAGCUGGUGUUCUGGGGCCUCAGGGAAAGACAGGAGAAGUGGGGCCCCUAGGGGAGAGGGGUCCUCCGGGUCCCCCCGGACCACCUGGAGAUCAAGGUCUUCCGGGCCAGGAAGGCAGAGAAGGGGCCAAGGGGGAGCUGGGCCCACCAGGACCCCUGGGGAAAGAGGGACCAGCUGGUCCCAGGGGCUUCCCAGGCCCCCCAGGAGCCCCCGGAGAGCCAGGGCCUGUAGGCUUGAAGGGUGACAAAGGCCCUCCUGGCCCAGUUGGAGCCAAUGGUUCCCCUGGAGAGCGGGGUCCUUUGGGCCCAGCUGGAGGCAUUGGGCUCCCCGGCCAGAGCGGAAACCAAGGCCCUAUUGGGCCUGCUGGCGAGAAGGGAUCCCCGGGAGAACGCGGCGCUCCCGGCCCCACUGGCAAGGAUGGCAUCCCAGGGCCCCUGGGACUUCCGGGCCCUUCCGGAGCUCCCGGGCCUUCUGGCGAGGAAGGGGACAAGGGGGAAGUGGGACCCCCUGGCCACAAGGGAAGCAGAGGAGAGAAGGGCGAAGUGGGACCCCCUGGACCAACAGGGGUUCGAGGUCCUGUGGGGCAUCCGGGUUCCCCGGGAGCAGAUGGGGCCCAGGGGCGUCGGGGACCCCCAGGCCUCUUUGGGCAGAAAGGAGAUGAUGGCGUCAGAGGCUUUGUGGGGGUCAUUGGCCCCCCUGGCCUACAGGGGCUGCCGGGGCCUCCUGGAGAGAAAGGGGAGGUUGGAGAUGUGGGCUCCAUGGGUCCCCAUGGAGCGCCAGGUCCUCGGGGUCCUCAUGGUCCCAGCGGAGCAGAGGGCCCCCCAGGGCUGCCUGGAGGAGUUGGUCAGCCUGGAGCCGUGGGUGAGAAGGGUGAGCCUGGGGCUGCUGGAGAUCCAGGGCCCGCAGGAACCCCAGGGAUCCCGGGGCCCAAGGGAGACGUUGGUGAAAAGGGAGACACAGGCCCCUCUGGAGCUGCUGGACCACCUGGCAAGAAGGGCCCUCCUGGAGAGGACGGGGCCAAAGGAGACAUGGGCCCCGUAGGGCUCCCCGGAGACCUGGGACCCCCAGGAGACCCUGGAGUUUCGGGUGUGGACGGAACCCCAGGCGAGAAGGGAGACCCUGGUGAUGUCGGAGCUCCGGGGCCGCCUGGCGCUUCUGGGGAACCUGGUGCCCGUGGGCCCCCUGGCAAGAGGGGUCCGCCUGGCCGUAUGGGUCCAGAAGGCAGAGAAGGGGAGAAAGGUGCUAAGGGGGAGCCAGGUCCUGACGGGCCUCCAGGGAGGACGGGGCCCCUGGGGGCUCAAGGGCCCCCUGGGCGAGUCGGGCCUGAGGGUCUUCGAGGGAUACCAGGACCUGUGGGUGAGCCUGGCCUUCUGGGAGCCCCUGGACAGACGGGCCCCCCUGGCCCCCUGGGCCCCUCUGGCCUCCCAGGGCUGAAGGGAGAUGCUGGUCCCAAAGGGGAGAAGGGUCACAUUGGACUGAUUGGCCUCGUUGGUCCUCCUGGGGAGGCCGGAGAGAAGGGGGACCAGGGCUUGCCAGGUGUGCAAGGUCCCCCUGGCCCCAAGGGAGAACCUGGCCCUCCUGGUCUCACUGGUGCUGUGGGUCACCCUGGGCUGCCAGGCGUGGUGGGCCCUCUGGGACAGAAGGGUUCCAAGGGGUCCCUGGGAUCCCCGGGUCCCCGAGGAGACCCUGGACCUGCAGGACCCCCCGGCCCUCCGGGUCCCCCUGCGGAGGUGCACGGGCUGCGCCGGCGCCGUUCUGUCCCAGAGAAGCCAGAGGCCCUGGAAGGCGGUCUGGAGGAGGUGCUGGCAUCUCUCACUUCCCUCAGCUUGGAGCUGGAACAGCUGCGGCACCCUCCCGGCACAGCUGAGCACCCCGGCCUCAUGUGCCAUGAACUACACCGCCACCACCCACACCUGCCUGAUGGGGACUACUGGAUUGACCCCAACCAGGGCAGCGUGCGGGACGCUCUCAGGGUGUUCUGCAACUUCACGGCGGGAGGCGAGACCUGCCUGAAUCCAGACAAGAAGUUUGAGAUGGUGAAACUGGCCUCUUGGUCCAAGGAGAAGCCUGGAGGCUGGUACAGCACCUUCCGCAGAGGCAAGAAGUUCUCCUAUGUGGACGCUGACGGGGCCCCAGUGAACGUGGUACAAUUGACCUUCCUGAAAUUGCUGAGCGCCACUGCCCGCCAGACCUUCACCUACACCUGCCAGAACUCGGCUGCCUGGCUGGAUGAGGCCGCUGGCGACCACAGCCGAUCCGUCCGCUUCCUCGGGACCAACGGAGAGGAGUUGUCCUUCAACCAGACAGCAGCGGCCACCAUCAAUGUCCCUUAUGAUGGCUGCCGGCUCCGGAAGGGCCAGGCGAAGACCCUGUUGGAGCUCAGCUCUUCUCGAGUGGGCUUUCUGCCCCUGUGGGAUGUGGCAGCUGUGGACUUUGGCCAGACGAACCAGAAGUUUGGAUUUGAACUGGGCCCCGUCUGCUUUAGCAGCUGA